UGUUGAACGAAGCCGCAACAUGGUGUGACUCUCUGGGACCUGAAGCGUUCUCUACUUAUACGACCACUCUAGGUGGGCUCAGUUUCCUCAGCGAUUUCUUCAUCGAUUUUCUAAAGCUGGAAUAAUCAACAUUUUUGCCAACUUGUCUGAUACAUUGAGAAGUGUAAGCUGAGAAGGUAAGGAGGUCCCACUGCAAGGAUGAUCUGCUCUGAUAAAGACCCACAUCUGACCCCAGUGAAGAAAUCUGGACAGAGGAGAUUCCUGCGUGCGCAGGGCCACCCAUCCCCAGCUCUGUGCUGCGCUUGUGGACUUUGCAUACUGCUGGCGGGCAUUAACAUUACUCUGGUGGGGGCUUUCGGCUUUGCCAAGAUGUUGCCAUUAAACAACCCUCCCAUUAUCAUUGGACCUCUCCUCUUGCUGGUGGCACUGUCGUUUUUUGGGGCAUGCUGUGUGUGCAGUCGCCAGCCGACCAUCCACUCUUCCCGCAAAGUUGCUGGGCAGAACCACUGGGGGUUAAUGAGAGUGGCCGGCACUGCGUUCGAGAUGGAGGCCAGUGAGCACACGCUGCAGGACACCACUGCCAUUCAGCUCAGCCCAACAAACUCUCCAUGCUCCUCCCACCGCUCUAGCCCCACCCACUCACCCACAAUUGUGCUCCACCCAUCAGAGACCAACAACUUACCAAAUGACAGUCAUUUAUCCUGUGAGGCAUCUUCAAUAGGAGAUGAUACCAGUCCACUUAGCCCCUCACAUGAUGCGACAGAUACAUAGCCUGGACUCGUGCACUGAGUUACUAGUUUAUUAGAUACACUUAGAUUGUACCUACACUCAUUGGCCGCCUUUUUCCAUGUACAGCACGUUUUAAUAAUCUUCUAGUCCUCCAUCCAUGGACAGUUUCUGACCACUGGACCACUGUUAGUUUUGAUCAUUCUAAACUGAUUCUAAGUCAGAGACCAUCCUUUCAUUUAUUUCAUUUCCACUCAAAACAGCCACAAAGUACAAGAUGUUUAAUUUUCAGCAUCAGGACAAAUAUAGAAAGUGUCUGUUUAAUAGAAAAUUAAACCGAAGUCUCAACAACUAAAUAUAAUAUCAUUUUAGCGUGUCCAAGCGGUUGUAAAUAAAAAGGUGGUCUCUGGUUGUCUUUACAUGUCCAGCUGUUUUGGUCUUAUUUUACUACUUCAUCUGCUGUCAGUUUUGACCACAUGACCACUGUUAGCUGGAUUUUUAUGGGUGGUAGACCACUCUCAACCCUGCAGCGACAUUAAGAUAUUUGAAAAUCCCAGCACACACUGCCAUGUUGGUGUCUCUGCUGUGCUGAGAAUGGUCCGCCACCCAAAUAAAAUCUAGUCAGAGGUGGUCCUAUGGUAGUCCGUUUUCAUUGAUGAAUGGGACAGUGGGAAGUUGAUUCACUGUGUAGCAGCAGCUGGGCUACUGUUAGUAACUGUAAACCGUUUAUAGUAGGUGCAUUUAAAGGUACCUAAUAAACUAGCAACUCAGUGUAUGAAGUUUUAAAUCACAGACACUGCAGUUUUCAGACUUUUAUUCCACCAGACUUUUUACUGCAGCAUAUCUCAAACAUCUUAAGAGAGACAUAAACGAAUUUUCAGAACUGCCACACACGGACAGGUGCUUGCUUUGAAAAUAUCACUGGUUUAUUCUUUGUAGUUCCAUUAGGCACAUCAGAUCAGUCUGCCUGCAGACACUGCCGGGGUGAGAAAAGCUCAUCACAAUGUCCUCAUCUCACACCUAUGAGACCAUAGAACAGGAGAAAAGACUUCUACCUCAUCCUGCUGACUCACUGUGACAGACUGUGAGCUGAAGCUUUCAAUCAAAAAGUGUUACAUUCAUUUAAGGACAUCUUUCACAUCCUUCACUCUCACUGAUCAUUACAGUCAGUUAGCUUUACCUUCACUGAGUGCAUUUAAAUUUGUGUACCUGCAGCCUGUUUAAAAGACGAAUAUAUUUUGAACAGAAAGAGUUCUAUUUGAAAUUAGAGAACUGGUCCAACAAUAAUGCUAACUCUGUUUGAGAAUCAGUAGACAGCAAUUAGUAUUAAUGACCUGCAUAAAGGUCAUUUGGGCUAUUUGAUUGUGUUCACUCAUUACUAACUGCUGUGAAUUUUCAGUGUGUAUGGUACUUUAAAUUUAUAAAGAUAUAUGUAAAAACAUAUAGAUAUAAUUGAUUUAUUUUUUAUUUUAGUUAAUUUAUUUAAUUUAUUAUGACCACCCUUUCACUUAUUUAAUUUAAAGUCAAAACAGCCAUAAUUAAGUACGCAUCAGCCAUUUUUCAGCAUCAGAAAAAAGUAUUUAGUGUGUCCGGUCUUUUUGUCUACUACAGUGUCCGUUCUUUUUGGGAGACUGGAAAUCUCCAGAGAUAUUUUUCCACAUUUACAAAGUCUUAGAUGUUGAAUUGUUGAAUAUCCUGCUUUGAUGAUUCAUGUAAUCCUAAAAACAGACUGAUACUCAUCAGUCCGUAAAGCCUCCACAUCUCAGAGUUUUGGUUUCUUUUUUGUCUAUUUCCUUUUCUCAUUAAGGGCAUCUUGACAGCUACACACCCUUUCAGACCUGCAGUGUUGAGUUGUC